AUGGACGCCGCGAGCCGCACCUGGCCGCCGCCCAACCCCUCGCCGGCGCCCUUCUCCUCCCGGCUCCGCGCGUCCUCGGACCCCCACCGCCGCCGGCGCCGCCGCCACUCCAAGAAGCCCAAGCCGGAGCCGCCGGCUCCCCCGCCCAAGAACGCCCCCGUCUGCUCCGGCGCGGACUUCGAGUCCCUCCCGCCGGAGCUCCUCCACCGGGCGCUGUCCGCGGCCGGCGCCGCCGACGUCUCGGCCGCCAGCCGUGCGUGUCGCUCGUGGCGAGACGCGCUGCAGCCGCUCCGCGAGGCGGCGGCGCUGCACGCGCACGGGCGCCGCCUCAAGCACGGCUCCGCCGUUCCCGCCGGACUCGACGGCGAGAGGCGCGAGGCGGCGAGGCAGAGCGCGCUGGGUCUCUUCAAGCGGGCGGCGAGGCUGGGGUCCGCGGCUGCCAUGGUGGACGCCGGGCUGAUGUGCUGGGAGGAGGGGCAACGGGAGGAGGCGGUGGGGUACUACCAGGCGGCGUCGGAGCUGGGACACCCUGUCGGCAUGUGCAAUCUCGGAGUGUCCUACCUCGAAGCUGAUCCACCCCAGGCCGAGGAAGCUGUUAGAUGGUUUUAUCCAGCUGCAUCCGCAGGCAAUGUUCGUGCCCAGUACAACCUAGCCCUCUGCUUGCAGAAUGGAAAAGGAAUCAAGCGUAAUCAACGGGAAGCUGCAAAGUGGUACUUACGAGCUGCAGAAGGAGGGAAUGUACGAGCCAUGUAUAAUGUUUCCUUGUGUUAUGGCUUUGGUGAAGGGUUUACACCGGAUCCAGUGCGUGCAAAGAAGUGGCUGCAACUAGCUGCUGAUUGUGGUCACAGAAAGGCUCUUUAUGAGUCUGGUAUUAAACUCUGUGCGGCAGGAGACAAGAUCAGGUCUCUUAUGUAUCUAGAGCUGGCAACACGCCAUGGAGAAAGUGCCGCCUCACAUAUGAGAGAUGUAAUACUUGAAUCACUCUCUCCUGCGAAUGCCCAACGUGCCCUUUCAGAUGCUGAUAAAUGGCGACCGAAAUCUCUCUCUGCCAGAAGAUGA